AUGGCAAGCAAUUACUCAUAUCCUCAUGAUCCCCUCAUCAACCUCGCCAAGAUGGCUGCUGCAAAGGCACGAGAUGCUGCAGAGGAGUAUUUCAAGCUUCGACACUUCGAUUUGGCGAUCAAGCAGGCCAUGGUGGCCAAACAAUUCGAUCCCGAUCUGCAAGGUGUCGAUCACUUCAUCCAGGCAUACCAGAUCCAUAAAGCUGUGUCAGAAAAGAAGGGCUGGUAUGGUGUUCUUGGCUUCCAAAAGGUUACUGAUUACGCAACCGUCAAGAAACAAUAUAAAGAUUUGGCUCGCUUUGUCCACCCGGACAAGAACACUUGUGUUGCUGCAGAAGGGGCGUUCCAGCAUGUCAAAGCAGCAUGGGACUUUCUCGCUGACCCUGCCAAAAAGAAGGCUUACGACAAGUCAUUAAGUACGCUGUCGUUUCAAGGUUCCAAUGUCAAGAUUACUCGCAAAAGGGCUUGCUUCCAUGCCAAGACCAGUAGUAAUGAAGAUGAUCGUGGUUUUUUCAAGAAGACUAUCAAGAUCAUGAGGACAACGAAACCAGGCCAACCGACUUGUUGUGUGAGAAUAUCUGUGUGUCGGGUUGCUUAA